AUGUGUUCACUUCGUUUCAUCAAUAUUGAACCGAACCAGUCUGUCACACAGGCCCGACUCCAUACCUCCUUUCUUUCUUUGUGGUCAACGCUGUUAUUGCACCCAUUAACUUCUUCUCCGGUCCCGACAACUCUCUUAUAUCCGGGUUACACUGUAUUUAUCUAUUUUCCGGUUUCAUUCAUACAUUUUUCUUUCUUUCUUUUUAUUUCUUUUUUUAUCUAUUUUCCGAUUUCUUUCUUUCUUUCUUUUAUCCAUUCUUUCAUCCUUUCGUUAAUUAUGACUUUCUUUUUUUUCAUUCAUUCAUAUUUUCUUUCAAUUUAUCCUUUUUUAAUAUCUCUUUCUUUUUUCUCAUUUAUUUAUAUACUUUUACGAUUUCAUUCUUCUUUCUUUCAUUUUUUUUCGCGGUUUCAUUUAUUCUUUCUUUCUUUCUUCCUUCCUUCCUUUCUUUCUUUCUUUCUUUCUUUCUUUCAGUCAUUCAUUUAUUGUUUCUUUCUUUCUUCUAUAUCUUUGUCUUCAAAGCAUCUUUCUUUCUUUUUCCUUUCUUGCUCCCGCUUUCUGUCUGUCUGUCUGUCUGUCUGUCUUUCUUUCUUUCUUUCUUUCUUUUUUCAUUCAUUCAAUCAAUCACUCAUUAUUUCUUUCUUUCAUUUUUCUUUCUUUUUUCAUUCAUUCAAUCAAUCACUCAUUAUUUCUAUCUUUCUUUUUUCUUUCUUUUUUCAUUCAUUCACUCAAUCACUCAUUAUUUCUUUCUUUCAUUUUUCUUUCUUUUUUCAUUCAUUCAAUCAAUCACUCAUUAUUUCUUUCUUUCUUUUUUCUUUCUUUUUUCAUUCAUUCGAUCAAUCACUCAUUAUUUCUUUCUUUCUUUUUUCUUUCUUUUUUCAUUCAUUCAAUCAAUCACUCAUUAUUUCUUUUCUUUCUUUUUCUUUCUUUUUUCAUUCAUUCAAUCAAUCACUCAUUAUUUCUUUUCUUUUUCUUUCUUUUUCAUUCAUUCAAUCAAUCACUCAUUAUUUCUUUCUUUCUUUUUUCUUUCUUUUUUCAUUCAUUCGAUCAAUCACUCAUUCUUUCUUUCUUUCUUUCUUUCUUUCUUUCUUUCUUUCUUCUAUUCUUUUGUUUUCAAAGCUUUUUAUUUAUUUAAUCCUGCUUUGGUUUUGUUAUGUCAGUUUUACUUGA